CGAUUUAGGGAUUUGCGAAGAGUGAGAUUAUUAAUAGGGAAGCGCAGGAAAUCCAGGAGAGAAAGAAAGUAGAGAGAACCCAUUGGAGAGAAAGUAGAGAGAGAGAGAGAGGGUAGAUUUCAGACACUGUUCUGACGAAGGUAGCAGGAAUGGCUAGGGUUUGGAACUGGUUCUCUGUAACCUUGAUUUUCUUCCUUGUUUCAUCCAUUGCUUCUGCUGAAGAAGCAGCUCCGUCUACUGAAGAAGCAGCUCCGUCUACUGAAGAAGCAGCUCCAGAGUUCGUUGUUACUCUUGACGCGAGUAACUUCUCUGCGACAGUGAAGAAGCAUGAUUUCGUGGUUGUGGAGUUCUAUGCCCCAUGGUGUGGGCACUGUAAGAAUCUCGCACCUGAGUAUGAAAAAGCUGCUGCGGUGCUGAGAAAUAAUGACCCUUCAAUUACUUUGGCUAAGGUUGAUGCUAAUGAUGAAGUCAAUAAAGAACUCGCUACUGAAUAUGAUGUGAAGGGAUUCCCAACCCUGAAAAUUUUAAGAAAGGGGGGAGCAUCUGUUCAAGAGUACAAGGGGCCACGAGAUGCCGAGGGCAUAAUUAACUAUCUGAAGAAACAAGCUGGUCCUGCAUCUGCUGAAAUAAAAUCCUCAGAAGAUGCUACCACCCUUAUCGAUGACAAGAAAAUUAUCAUCGUAGGGGUGUUCUCCAAGUUUGAGGGAGAGGAGUUUGAAAACUUUACUGCCCUUUCAGAGAAGUUGCGUUCUGAUUAUGAUUUUGCUCAUGCCUUGGAUGCAAAGCUCCUUCCACGAGGGGAUGCUACAAUUAAGUCCCCUGUGGUGAGGUUGUUCAAGCCAUUUGAUGAACUCUUUGUUGAUUGCAAGGAUUUCCAUGUUCAUGCCAUGGAAAAGUUUGUUGAGGAGGCAAGUUUGCCGCUCACAACUAUUUUUAACAAAGAUCCCAGCAACCACCCGUUUGUUGCAAAGUUUUUCAACUCUCAGAAUGACAAGGCCAUGCUUUUUACGAACUUCAGCAGUGAUGAUUUUGAGGCCCUUAAAUCAAAAUAUCAUGAUGUUGCUAGGCAUUACAAAGGAAAGGGUGUUAGCUUUCUUCUUGGUGAUGUUGAAUCCAGUCAAGGGGCUUUUCAGUACUUUGGUCUUCAAGAAGAUCAAGUUCCUCUCAUCAUCAUACAAAAUAAAAAAGGGCAGAAGUUCCUAAAAGAGAAACUAGAGGCAGAUCAUAUUACUCCUUGGUUGAAGGAUUACAUGGAUGGCAGUGUAAAACCAUUCACAAAAUCAGAACCUAUUCCUGAAGUUAACAAUGAGCCCGUUAAGGUUGUUGUGGGUGACAGUUUCCAAGAAAUGGUCCUCAACCCUGGGAAAAAUGUAUUGAUUGAAUUCUAUGCACCUUGGUGUGGACACUGCAAAAAACUAGCUCCGGUGUUGGAUGAAGUUGCUGUCUCAUUUGAAAAUGAUCAUGAUGUGGUCAUUGCCAAGAUUGACUCAACUGCAAAUGAUAUCCCCUCAGAUGCAUUUGAUAUAAAAGGCUAUCCAACAUUGUAUUUCUCAACUGCUAGUGGAAAACUUGUGGAAUAUGAUGGGGACAGAUCAAAGGAGAAUAUCAUUGAAUUUAUUCAGAAGAACAGGGAAGCAGUCUCCCAAACUGACUCUGUGGAAGAUACCCAAACUGACUCCUUAAAAGAUGAGCUGUAAAAGAAGUUCCCUCUGGAUAUCAAAGUCCGAGAGAGAGUUUUAGGAAGGCAGAGGCGGGUUACCUCUUUCACUAGAGGAGGAUGAACGCGUUUGUUUUCAGAUAGUUUGCAGCCGCAGCGGGAAGUAGUAAAUGUAGUAGAUACAUCAUAAGUAAUUUUGAAUUUUCUAUGUUAAUAUGUACUUCACUCUCAAAUAAGUGGGCUUCUCCAUUUUCACUUGUGCAAUUUGCUGAAUGGAGCUUCAUGAUCUUGAUACUUGGCUUGUAU